AUGUUCAACCUUGCAGAGAUGAAAGAUACGAUCAAGAUCGAGCCUUCAGGAUUCAGGAAGAAGAAGGCUCAGGCUAUCACAGACGAGAUCAACCGCAAAUAUGCCAACAAGGUCUUGCAGGAUGUGGGAUUAUGUAUCGCGAUGCACGACAUUCUAUACGCUAGCGAAGGAUUUAUUCAUCACGGAGACGGCUGCAGUUAUGUCACGGUUCAUUUCCGCCUAGUGAUCUUCCGUCCUUUUGUUGGGGAGAUCAUCACAGGAAAGAUUCGGUCCUGCAACCAGGAGGGUGUUCGAGUCACAUUGGGAUUCUUUGACGAUAUUUUCAUUCCUUACCACUACCUUCAGGAGAACUCUGAGUUUAAUGCAGAUGAGCAGGUCUGGGUGUGGAUGUACGACGAGAACGAGAUGUUUAUGGAUCUGGAGGAGACCAUCCGGUUCAGAGUCGAGUCAGAACAGUUCUUUGAUACCUCGCCAUCUGUCCGUCCCAAGAAGGAGGGUGUCGACACGCCGGACCUUAGCGCAAAUUCUGCUAAACAGGCGCCUUAUUCUCUUACUUGCUCAAUUCAUGGAGAUGGUCUUGGAUUGCUCUCUUGGUGGGGCGCAUAG